CCAAUGUUCUUAGCCUAGCGCAAGAAGAGCACAAUCUCGCGAUAGGUGGUAGCCGCCAUAUUGUGUGACAGUAUUUUGAUUCGUAUCGGGGCUGGAAGCGAGAAAGGAAAACAGAAAAUAAAGGGGGAGAAAAAAAAAGUCGGAGGAACUGUCAAAAUAAAACCCGAUAAUUUAAAACAGCGGAGGGCUACGACGUGGUACUGGCCCCCUCCUACUUCAGGAAAACGUUGAAGGCCACGGUGCUGUUUUUACCACUUUCCAAAGUUCCACCUCCGCUUCUCUGAUACAGCACCCCCGGCCCUGAGGAGAAUCGGUGGCGGUGUCUCGGGUGUUGAAGGUGGCCCGGGGAGCGGCGGCGGAGACGAAAAUAGGAGUUAUUUAAAGAAAGGAGGAAAUGCUUUGAAAAUAUGGACCUAAGACUUUAAAUGCUUAAACGAAGAUGCUUGAGAGGAGGGAGAAGUGCUGCUGCCACUGAGGCCUGAAACUGCAUAACCGAGCAAUUAGUCCUGACCAGGCAAAACACGAAUGGCCCAGGGAAGCCAGCAGAUUGAUACCCAGGUGUUACAUGACCUGUGCCAGAAGUUUCCUGAGGUACCUGAGGGUGUUGUAUCCCACUGUAUACUGCAGAACAAAAAUAAUUUGAAUGCCUGUUUUGAAUUCCUGUCCCAUGAGAGCACCAAGUAUCUUUAUGGAGAAGGCGAUCUAAACUUUUCUGACGAUUCCAGCAUUUCCGGACUUCGAAAUCACAUGACCCAGCUGAACCUUGGCUUGCAGUCACAGAAUGUGUAUCACCCCUCCGGCUGGGAAGGAGUUAGAAUGAAUGGCAGCAGGACUCUGUCCCACAGCCUCAGUGACGGGCCCCUCCAGGCUGAAAAGACAAACAGCGAAUUUUUUCAGCAAGAACCCCAGUCAGCUCCUGUGCAAGGGGCUUCCAGCUUAAACGUCUUUGGCGUUAUGGACACAACGCGAAACCCACAUGCUCCACAGCACCUUGGACUUUACCAGUUGGGUGGCAAAGGACACUCUGCAGGCUCUCAACAGGCACCUAGGUUUAACCCUAUCACAGUCACGCUGGCCCCCAAUAUUCAGACUGGCCGAAACACCCCCACCUCUUUGCACAUACAUGGCGGGCCCCCGCCUGCCCUAAACAGUCCCCAGGGUAACUCUAUCUAUAUCCGGCCUUAUGUCACUCAAUCUGGUACAACCCGACAAACUUCGCAGCAGCAGCAAGCGGGCUGGUCACAAUUUGGUCCCAGCUCACAGCAGCAGCAACAACAGCAGCAGAUCUAUCAGAUCACCCAUCCUUCCCAGUUGCCUGGCCCCUGUGCUCUCCCAUCCCAGUACAGCUCUACACAUACCUCAACGCACCAGCCACAGGGCCACCAGACGUCGCACGUCUACAUGCCCAUCAGCUCACCCACUACUGCCCAAGCGCCCCCUUUCAUCCAGGCUGCUCCUGGCAGCCAGCCUUCCUCAUCUUCCUCCUUCAGCCAGUACAACAUCCAGAACAUCUCCACAGGGCCACGCAAGAACCAGAUCGAAAUCAAACUUGAAUCACCCCAACGGAGUAACUCCAACACCACCACUGCAGUGCUGCGCCCUGGAGGAGUAGGAUCAGGCGGUGGCGGACCUCGUUCAUCCUCUUCCAUUGCUGCCACCUCCUCCUCUGCUGCCACCUGUUCCACAACACCCUUAUCCAUCAGCAGUCAGUCACUGAGUCGCAGCCAACCCACCGUUUACAUAGCUGCCAGCCCGCCCGCUUCUUCUGCUGCUGCCGCUGAAGAGGCCCCAGUGGCUUCCUCCGGCUCCCGCACCCAGCCCAAGUUUUACAUUUCAGCCAACGCAAACCCCACGGGUGAUGACCCCAGUGUCCGGAACCCACCCACACUGUACAUCUCGGCCAAUCCACAAAUGCCAGGGACAGCUGCCUCUCGGAACAUGGCAGGGCAGGUGAGCAUGGGCCCCGCCUACAUCCACCACCACCCGCCCAAAUCCCGGGCUUCCAUGGGCAGUUGUGGCACUGCCACCUCGCCCAGGGUGGUGGUAACUCAGCCCAAUACCAAAUACACUUUUAAAAUCACGGUCUCUCCCAACAAGCCUCCUGCUGUCUCCCCUGGGGUGGUGUCCCCCACCUUCGAAGCCACCAAUUUGCUCAGCGUCCCAUCUGAUCACUUUGCUGAACCCGAGGUCCAUCAUGUUUCGGACCCGCUGUUAGUGCAGAGGGAAAGACCUAGUGAGGCCAGGAAACUCAGCAUGGGAGCAGAUGAUGCAGCAUACACACAAGCUUUAAUGAUACAUCAGAAGGCUAGGAUGGAACGGCUGUGGCAUGAACUUGAGAUGAAGAAGAAAAAGCUGGAAAAACUAAAAGCAGAGGUCAAUGAAAUGGAGAAUGACCUUACUCGAAGACGUCUACAAAGGUCCAACUCUGCCUCCCAAAUCCCUUCACUUGAGGAAAUGCAACAGUUACGAUGCAGAAACAGAAAACUGCAGAUAGACAUUGACUGCCUAACCAAAGAAAUUGAUCUCCUUCAAACAAAAGGACCACACUUUAAUCCCAGCGCUAUUUAUAAUUUCUAUGACAACAUUGGAUUUCUAGGUCCUGUUCCACCAAAGCCCAAAGCAGAGCAGAGAUCUCUUGCAAAAACACCAAAGACUGUACCAGACACAGAAGAGGAUGAAGGGGCUCAGUGGAAUUGUACUGCCUGUACCUUCCUGAAUCAUCCAGCCCUCAACCGCUGUGAACAAUGCGAUUUUCCUAAGCAUUUCUGAGCCAACAAUUUUCUUUCAACAUUUUUUUCUUUUUCUUUUGUAGAACAGACUUCUAGAGGAGUAGGAGGGCAUUCUUUUCUUUUUAUCCUGUUGGUAAUAGGUUACGGACAGUGUUUUCUGAAGCUUUUCAUUCAAAUUCUUGCUGUAAAACAGCAGAUGUUGUCCACUGAAGGCUUGCCUGAAUAGUGUUUACAGGUUGUGUGCUUAAAGCCCUUAGAGCUGAUAAUACCUCAACUUUGGGUCGAUAGCAGUGGGGGGUGGGUGGGGGAGGGGGGGAGAACCUGUUCAGAACUGGCAAAUCGCCUGGCUUUAUAAAAUUAAUAAUAAAAAAAAGCAAAAACACUUUCACAAGAUGCCUCUACCAUAUGCAGUAUUACCAGUGCCUCCCUUUGGCGUCAUUAAAACAUGGAGCUGAAAGGUGUUUUGCCCUUUUUUUCCUGUAAUUCUGGGGACAAGACCUAAGUGAUUCCUAGUGGAAAAACUCCACUGUAACACUACAAUUGAAGGGAGAAACCAUAAAAGGAAUUACUUUGAUAGUCUAGUUGGUCACUUUCGUUUUAAGAACAGGAAGUUUCUGAUAUCACUGCUACCUUUACCUGCCUUGUACCCCCUUCCUUGAUUGCCUCUACAAGCUCUACAGUCAAAUCAAACACACAUUGAAAAGAAACUGCAUGCUUUGUCUGUACAGUACACAGUGAAAAAAAUACCCCAACAUUUUUACUGUACAUAGUUUUAGAGCCUGCUUUGUGACUUUGUUCUUCACGCUGAGUUUCUUGUAGUUCCUAUAUGUAUAGUGUAAUAGAUUUAAUAACUAACCUCCUUCUUUUUUUAGUUUCAAACAAGUAAACACAAUGUCCCUUUUAAGCUUUUACUUGAUAUCUGUGGGAAGCGAAGCCUUAAUUAAAAAAGAGCAAUAUGAAACUAUGCACAAUUUUAGCUUUUUCUGCUCAGUCUGUUCAUUGUGCCUGUAAAUGCUGACAUUCUAUGUAAGAUCUGCAGAUGCAGCUAAGAAACAAGUUAUGUGGAACUUAAGUGGCAAAAAUGUUUAACAAAAUAUUGGUUGUAUGACCUGUUUGAAUUGUCACACUUUUUAAAGAAAUAAAGGAUUUUUUUUUUUUUUUAUAACAAUAAGUGGAAAUACAGACAAGACAAGAAACAGGCGGAGUUGUCGACAUGUCUUUGCUCAUUUGUGAAGUCUAAAAAUAAAAAAAUGGUCUAUGUGUUUUCAGUAUGCUUAUGAGAAUAAAAUUAUAUAUACCGAUGCACAAAAGAAAUGCAACACUCAGGUCUAAUGGAUUUAAUCAGAUAUUUUAAACAUUGAUAUCACAGAAAAUGUGAACAAUAAUACAGAUCAGAGAAUCAUGAUAAGUUUUCAGUAUGAAACGGGAAACACUGUCAGAAUGAAAACAUUACAAAGUUAGUAUCGGUAUGACCUCCCUGGGCAUUAACACAAUCCUGGCAGCGUUGACGCAUAGACCUGAUCAGCCUCUGGAUAUAUUGCUGUGGGAUGUGCCUCCACUCUUCCUAUGGCACUGGUUGGUUUGAACAAUGCAACAGUCAGCAUAACGCUCACCAUGACGUCUCCACACACGUUGUCUCUUCCCUCAGGUCUGUCAAGGGCAAAACAGCAUUAAUCCGUGAAUAAAACACUCCACCACUCUCUGCCUCCACCUCAGGUGUUCUCUGGCCCACAGAAGAUGGCGAUUUUGUCUCUCAGCUGUCAACAUGUUACCCCUGAACGGCCUCCGAGCAUGCAAAUCAUUUUCAUGCAGAUGGCGAGCGACAGUCAUUCUGCUGAUGUGCAGGUUAUUUCUUUCUGGAAUUUCUCGUGCUGUAGCCACUGCAGUCUGAAAACGAUUACGCAGAUGGAUCAGUUGGAUGUGACGGUCCUGGGCCGGUGUGGUGACCCUCUGCCUUCCAGGACGUGGCCUGUCACUCACAGGGCCAGUUUCCUGGUUUUUCUGGACUAGUCUGCUGAUAGUUGAUGCAGAACAUCUCAUUCUCUGGGCAACUUCUCUCAGACAGGCUGCCUUCAAUCAUGCCGAUAUAUCAUUACUCAAGUGGGGCAUGUUUUUUUGCGGUUCUUGUGUUAAUUAAAAUCAUGUCUUCGAAUGGCUAUUUAUACAGAUUUUUAAUCAACUCAUUUUAGCAAUUUUAAUUCAACUCAAAUAACACUGAGCACCUGGUGUUUUUAUGAAAUCACAUGACUUGAACUCAGUAUUUUGUUAUCCCGAGGAACAAUACUACUCAAUCAACAAAUCUGCUCACUAUUUAAAAUGUAAAUAACAUUAUGUAUGUUCCCAAUGAGCUAUUGCUGUAAAACUUACACUGUUGCGUUUCCAUUGUGCAUCAGUUAUAUAUAUAUAUAUAUAUAUAUAUAUAUAUAUAUAUAUAUAAAAUAUGGUUUAAAUGCAAUGCACUAUAUAAUAUAUAUAAUAAAAUGGUUAAUACAAGACUAUAUGUAAUGGUUUGCGAUAAAUCUGAAUUUUUUGGGGUUAUUUUGUUAACCAGGUGUUUUGAUGCUGAAAGCACACAUACCAUUUUUGUUUAGACCCUCGGUUUACUUUCAUGCAAUGUUUUAUGAGAAGAUUUAAAUGCGAUUAAUUCUUUAAAUUAUGAAAAGGAUAAUUGAAAGUUAAUUGUGAUAAAUGUAAGUAAAGAUGUUUUUCUUAAGUGAAAUGGGGCAUUUAGUGCAAAAAUACCACAUUUUGAAUUUUACUUCUACCAAAACUUUUUUGUUUACUUUUUUAAUGAUAAAUUUUCAUGUAAAAAAAAAAAAAGGUUUGUCACAUGCUGUGAGAUGCUACAGCAGUUUUUUUUCUUUCUUUAUUUUCUUUUUCUUUUUGUUGUAGAAUGAAAUUCUAUAAAUGAUCUAUGCAAAUACAAGGAAGCCUUUGUUGCUAAAAGACUUAAUUUGUAUAUCAUGGGAAUACAUUUGUUGGUAAAAUCCCAGAGCUGUAUCUCUGAAGCACUUACAUCAACCUUUUUGUUCCGGUUUUCAGUUUCAUCUGCAGUUCUAUGUGAAGAUUGACAAAUUGGUUUAUUCCUGUUUUAUUAAUAAAACCUAAUUUGGAUAUCUAAAGUUGGUUUUUUGAUUUUAGCUGGGAAAACUGUCUUUGUAACAGAUAAGUUAUUUGUAAAAAUAAAAAUAAAAUCGUCUGGA